AUGGUGAAAACCACCAAGGAGCAAGUCAAGAUGCCUCCCCGCGCCCACUCCAAGACCUCUCGUGUCCCCCGCCGACCCUUCGAGUCUGCCCGACUUGACUCCGAGCUUAAGCUCGUCGGCGAGUAUGGCCUGCGCAAUAAGCGUGAGGUCUGGCGAGUCGGUCUGACUCUGUCCAAGAUCCGUCGUGCUGCCCGUCAGCUCCUUACCCUCGACGAGAAGGACCCCAAGCGUCUCUUCGAAGGCAAUGCCCUCAUUCGACGUCUCGUCCGUGUCGGUGUUCUCGACGAGUCCCGCAUGAAGCUGGAUUACGUCCUGGCCCUCAAGAUUGAGGAUUUCCUUGAGCGUCGUCUCCAGACCUGUGUCUGGAAGCUCGGUCUCGCCAAGUCUAUCCACCACGCCCGUGUCCUGAUCCGCCAGCGUCACAUCCGAGUCGGAAAGCAGAUCGUCAACGUUCCUUCUUUCAUCGUCCGUCUCGACUCCCAGAAGCACAUCGACUUCGCUCUUACCUCGCCCUUCGGUGGUGGCCGUCCCGGCCGUGUCCGCAGAAAGAAGGCCAAGGCCGCCGAGGGCGGUGAGGGUGGCGAGGAUGAGGAGGACGAGGAGUAA